CUCCCUUGCCAGAAAUUUCUGAUUUAGAAAUAGAAAGGGUCACAUUGCCAUAACAACAGCAUCAAGAUGGAGUACACUGGAAGCAGUUAUGAAGGAGAAAUAAAGAAUGAAAGGUUAGAGGGCAAGGGGAAGUACAGUUUUCCCACAGGAACUCGAUAUGAAGGUGAAUUGAAAGAUUCAAUGUUCCAUGGACAGGGAACUCUAUAUUUUACAAAUGGCAGUAAAUAUGUAGCCACCUGGGAAAAUGGAAAAGCAAUUGAGGGUCAGUAUACAUUUGCUGAUGGUUUAGGAUUUAAAGAAAAGAACUGGGAAUAUUGUGAUGGAUAUGAUAGAAGAUUUUACACAGAAAUAUGUAAUGGUCUACAGCCUGCAGGUCGUUCCCAGUUAACUAAUCGAGUUCCCCCCAGAGAAAUCCCAGAAGGUUGUUACGAUUGUGGAGAUGGUUUUUAUAAUCCUGUAACACGAGUUGUUCAAGAUUAUAAUUGUAAAUUUCUUAGAAAUGCUGAUGAUGAUGAACAUGAAUGGAUUGUUCGUACAUGUCGUAAAGGUUGGGAUGAAAUAGUUGGACCACAACCUCAACUUGCAACAUAAAAAAAAAAUGGUGGAU